AUGGCCUGGCUUUUCCUAUCCGUGCCGAGUGCCUGGACGGGCUCGCCGUUGCGACGAGCCUCGGCUGUUUGGCGACUUCGACCAAUGAUUUCUUCGGCCGAACCAACGCCCUCGACUUCUCAUGCUGCCAUCAGAUGCAAAUUGACCGAAGCGCACUCCUGAUGUUGUUCCGAGAUCUUGCAGACCAACCGAGAUUGAACGAUUUGUCGACUGCGGUUAUACUAGCAUCAUCCGACUGAGGCAACGAUACAACGAUAAGCACAAGCUCCGAAGACCAUAUUAACAGCAGCGGUCGUCCAUCGUCAGCCCACCCAGCCUUCUUACCUGCCUGCUCCCGUCAUAUCGACGUUGACUUGAGGUGCAGACAGAGAGGUAUCUGAUUGCCAUAGCCCCAACAAUUUUUCCCCGUUGACAUCUUCCUGCAACAAUGUCCAAACACGCAACGCUCAUCAAGCCUCCGAAAUCCCUCCCGCAUCACUCCCCCAUCGAAAACGUCCUCUCCCUCCUCCCCCUCAUUGACAUCGGUCCCGACAUCUACACCAACGCCCGGCCACUCUGGCACCCUCCUGGCGCAAGGGGAAUCUACGGCGGCGCGGCCAUUGCCCAAUGCCUCUCCGCCGCACAAGCCACGAUCCCGCCCGAUUUCACCGUCCAUAGCAUGCACUGUUACUUCGUGCUUGCCGGCAACAGCGAGAUCCCUAUUCUAUACCACGUGGAGAGAGUCCGGGACGGGAAGAGCUUCAUCACACGGACCGUGCAAGCGCGCCAGAGAGGAAAAUGUAUCUUCACCACGACGUUGAGUUUUAUGAAGGAGGGUUCCGGCGGCAAAGAGACGGUCCAGCAUGCGACCCGAAUGCCCACGGACGUCGUCCCCCCGCCGGACGCAGACUCGGACCGCCAGAACGUGAGCUUCGACGACCGGCCGUUUGAAUCGGUGCGCAUCCCCAUCACCAACCGCAGUGGACCGCCGUCGGAGCGCAAAUUGCGACAAUGGAUCCGCGCGCGCGGCCGCAUCUCCGACUGUCCCCCAAACGUCCGCGAAGAGGAAUUGCAGUCCGGCCAGCGGGCGAACCGGCCUGGCGACAACCACCAAGCCCAUUUGAGCGCGCUGGCCUACAUGAGUGAUUCAUACUUUAUCGGCACGGUGGCGCGGGUGCAUACUCUACAACGCUUCGCCAACCGCCGCAACAUCGAACGCACACUGAGUACCUUCCGGGGCUCAGAAGAAGAGAAGAAGGAGAUGCGAAAGUACCUCGAAGACAUUGCCAAGGAGGAAGAAGAGGAGCACGCCGAAAUGGCCUUGACCAAGAGAGACGACCGCCGCAUCGGCAUGAUGGUGAGCUUGGACCACACGAUAUUUUUCCACAACCCGCGGGCGUUCAGGGCGGAUGAGUGGAUGUUGACGGAGAUGGAUAGUCCAUGGGCCGGCGACGGGAGAGGUUUGGUCAUGCAGAGAAUCUGGAGCAAGGACGGGGUGUUGAUCGCGACGUGUACCCAGGAGGGCGUGGUUAGGCUGGUUCAGAACCCCACGGACAGUAAGUUGUAGGAUAUUACUGCUGUUUUCGAGUGCGCUCUGGCCGUUAACGGGUGAGUUUUGACGAUGAUUUUGGGCGGUGGACGGUACGACUGUCUUCUUUUGAUUGUUUUCUGUACUAUCUUCACCCCGGCACGGUAUCGGAAUGUAUAGUGGUAUAGACAGGCCUCUGGAUCUGGAGAGAGCAAAUCCGUCGCUUCCGUUCUGGACCUUGGAACCGAGCAUGAUGAUCCGCUUUC